AUGGCCAUGUUCAUACGGCACACGUCGCCGACGACGACCGUGCUCGCCGAUGGAUAUACAGAUGACGCUCUUGGGAGCAAGUAUGAUAAUUACAGAGCUUCUCGUCCGUACUCGCGCGAAUCGCUUCUUUCCGGCGGCACAUCGCUCGGCUCACGUGUUCGCCUAUCGCAAUUCUCGCUUCUGUCGCGACCUGACGCGACAUUAGCCGAAGGCGAAGACGACGACGACGACGACGGCGACGAGCGUGAAGACGACACCAGCAAUAUUCAUUAUCGUGUUCAGAAGAAUCGACUACAGGCAAAAGUGUUCGAGAUGCUCGCUGGACAAUUCUCGCGAGCCGGCUCACUGGAAAUGCCCGAGGAAUGCGCGUCGGAGAAGGCGGCGGCGGUCGCUCUUCAACCGCCGCCAAAAUCCAUUUUGGGAAAGUGCAAAUACUACUAUGACAAAUACAAACUCCAUCGGACCUCGGCGUGCGUCUGCCUGAUCCUCUAUUCAUUCUUCGGAGCAUGGCUCUUCUAUCUCGUUGAGCACGACUAUGAGAAAGAGGUCAAAGGAAAAGAGAAAAUCGAUUUGUGGAAUCUGCGCAACGACACGUUCCAGAAAAUGAUCGCCGUGAUCCAUCAUCGACGAGGAGCGCAUUUCAACUUUGAAGAGAUCUUCAUCGAGUACGAGAAGCGUCUUCUCAAAGUGCGCCUACCCGAAUGCCUUGAUUGGGACUAUUGGGGAGCGUUGUUCUACGUCGGCACACUGUUCACAACCAUCGGCUAUGGAAACAUCGCGCCGAGAACGAUGGCGGGCCGCGCGUUGUCGGUGAUCUACGCGAUCAUCGGCAUCCCGCUGGUGUUGGCGAUACUCUCGAAAUGCGGCAAAUGGCUGACGACGACGUUGUCGAUCUACUGGCAACAGCAUUGUCGGCGGAUCAAAGUCAAAGCGCAAAAAACGACGAAUCGAUUGAGGGGAAGGAAAGCGAGCAUCUUCGACACCCUCGAAUCGGGAAUCAUUGGCGAUCUUGGCGUCGAUGAGAUCGAGUCGCGAACAAUCCCAAUUUGGCUCGCCUUGCUCAUUUGUGUGCUCUUCGUCUGCGCGUGUUCCUCAUUAUUCCUUAUAUGGGAAACGCGUUGGACGUUCUUCACAAGCCUCUACUUCUUCUGCAUAUCGCUAUCGACAAUCGGACUUGGCGACAUCGUGCCCGACCAUCCCCACAUGUUCAUCAUCAUGUUCGUUCUCGUCAUCAUCGGCCUUUCGAUCGUGUCAAUGCUCAUCUCAGUGAUCCAAAUCAAAAUGGAAGAAUGGCUCUAUCAUUUGAUCAAGAAGAUCCAGCAAGAGUACAAUCGAGCACUGGAGAACGGCGAGAAUGUCGAUCGGGAAGCUGUUCUGAGGAAUGUGAUGACGAAUGAGCCGGCUUGGAUGCAGCUAAUGGCGCCGACGAUGCUCACCGGUCAACAGAAUGACAAGUUGGAGCAGAAGGUGGAGCAAUUUGAGAGGAUCCUCAAAGACAGCAAGGAUGUGCAAACGGACCUAUCGGUGGCGUUCGCCGGCACGCAAGUCGAGAGAUUCGAGCAGAGUAUGGCCUGCGAUCCGAUGAGCGAUCGAGCGCGUCCGCAACACUGUGGAACGCAAUGGACCGCGCAGCAUGAGAACGACGAGUCGCGAUCGAAUGAUUUUCGCGACUCGAUAUCGGACGCGACGAGUCUGCCGAUUGAUUCGGUCAGUGUGCAGCAGCACAACGAGCAGCAGCAGCGUCGAGCAGCGGCACACACGCACAAGUUUGUCGAAGGCGCCGCGCAAACCGAUUUGGCGCAAUUCCAGAUUGAUGAGAUCGCGAUGAAGUUGGCCAGCUUGCAAAAUCAGCGCGUUCGGCCACCUAUCGUUGAGCGAAGUAUGGCGACGUCGGCCUACAUGGACUCUCCACAAGAUUCUCAAUCCGACGAGCUUCUCCUUCAAAAGGCUUUCUCGCAGGCGGAGCUUGACAUUCUUUGCCAGGCGAUGAUCAAAUCAGACUACGAGAAGCGCAAACUUGUAGACUGCGCUGUCAGCGCGGAUCGCCGCGACGAUUUUGAGGACAAAUCAUUGAAUACCAGUUUGAGCUUAACGCCGGAAGAGAUUCUGAAGAGGAUCAAACCGAUGAGAUCAGCGUGCACUUCGCCGCAACGAUCCAUGGAUGCGAGAAGCGCUUGCAAUUCGGCGCAGCACUCGCUGUCGAUUGAUAUUGGAAAACCGGCGGCGAGAAGUGCGGCGAAUUCGGCGCAAAACUCGCUGGCUAUCGAUUUGAAGCAUGCUUUCAUCUCGGCUCAGAAUUCGUUGGCUGUGGACCCAGAGGAUCGCGAAACACAGACAACCAUACGUGAACAUGCCGACAUGUCGACUGAUCCGAUUUCGCCAAUGUUUAGGAAGGAUGUCGAGACGGAAAUGAGUAUAUCUGAAAAACCGGCGGCGCGCGAUCAGAACACAUCGCCAAUUGUGAAGCAUCAUGACAGCACGGAAUAUGAUGAUCGAAGUAUGCAGACAUCAAUCGCCGAAUUUAUCGGAAAAUUGUUCCAAAAGAAUGAUCAAUCGCAGCAGACAUCGAUAAGUGAGGAUUUGAAAAAGAAGAAGAAGAAGAAGAGCAAAAAGAAGAAUGGCGAUGAUGAGAUGAGCUCGUCAUCGUCGGACAAACUAUCCGAGGAAACUGGAUCGGAUCGAGGGAUUCCGAACGCGAUGGUGUCGAGUGUCUCAAUGAGCACUCAAUAUUCACCGCCGCCGGGAUUUCCAGACAGCUCAAGGCUUUCUGAGCCAUGUCGCGGAAGAUCCCUAUCAACUUCUGGAGUUGGAACAAGCAUCUUUGAAGAUGAGACGCGACAGGAAGUAAUUGUUCAAACCGACGAUUCGUAUUUGAAAAUUGCGCGCCGUCUCGAUGAAUAUCGCAACAACAAAACGCAAUUUUUGCCAGUCUGCGCCGCCUCGCCGCUUUCUUCCAAAGAAGUCGAGCCAUUCAAAACCGACAGGCCGUCCGAACGCAGUUGCUAUUAUUUUGGAGCCAAUAUGACGCGAAGGUUGAGCUUGGGAAGGUCUCGACGAAAGUCGAAGAAUAGUCGAGACACCCAAACCGGUCAAUCAAUGGAUUCCGAAAUGCUUCAUGAGGUUUUGACCAACGAAAAAAGUCGGUCAAUUUCGCCGAAACGUCCAUCUUCUAGAGGCGUCCUCCAACGAAACCCAUCACUUCCCACGGGUAUCUCGCGAGGAAAAGUCUCCAAUUAUGUGCACCAACACGAGAAGGGCAUUCACAAUCCGGCGACGAAUCGAAUGAGCCCCGUCAAAAUCAUCCGGCAGUAUUCGUUGGAGCAUGAUCCAUCUUAA